CUGGAGGAUUACCUAAAUGCUCAUCUUCCAUAGUGACAGUGAUACGACUGGUAAAUAAUGCAGUGGACACCAUUGAAAAUGAAGUUGCAGUUCUGGGAGACAAUACUACCUCAAGACCACACCUCCACUGUGAGGAUGAGAUAUGCCUGGAAUUCGUCAAAGAGUGUUUUAUGAAUUCCUACCAAUGGCAAACGACAGAGUGGCUCGACACGUGUCUCCCAGGCUUGGAAUCACCGCCUCGAGACCAGACCCCUACACCACCACCCCCACCCCUUCCUGCUCCCCCACCUCCCCGGACCUCCCCACGGUUAUGUGGCACUCCUACCCGCCUGGGCGGCAGCUUUCGGUUGGACGGUAGCACCCUAUCGCUGCAAACUGGCUACCCGUUACGACGCUACCAGGGCCAGAGAGAUUUCCGCUCUUCUCUAACCCUGGAUGACAACAACUCACCUGUUUAUGAAGAAUACCGCGGCCCGAAUCACUAUGACAUCACCUCUGCUGUUCACCCGCUAGGUUUUAGCGAGGGCCGAUCCACACCUGACCACCAUCACUCCAGCCAAUACCUGCUCUCUUACCCUCCUCUACUAGCCUGGGAGGAACGUCCGCAUGUCUGGGAGGACACACACCCCUUCGGAAGCCAGCAGGAGAUCGAAAGAACGGACAGAAUUUCACUCCGGGCCCAACGUUUUCGUAGUCAGAGCCCAAAGACAUCUAGGUCCGGCAUGAGAGAGUAUUACUGACCAUUGACAAACAAGUCCUUAAUUAAUCUGGAUGCUUGUGUUCAUGCAAUUGAGGACUCGUUCUGAAGAUGUCAGCUGAUCUCUUUGGAAUCGAAACAUUUGGACUCUCACUGCCUCACUCAUACUGUACAAUAGUGACCAUUCUUCAAGGACCUUAUUAAAGGGUUAGUUCACCCAAAAAUGAGAAUUCUGUCAUCAUGUACUCGCCCUCACGUUGUUCCAAACCUGUAUGACUUUCUUCUAAGGAACAGAUUUUUUUAAAGAUGUUUCAACUGCUGUAUUGUAUUUGGAUCUUGUUUUGUGUUCCUCUGAAGAAAGCCAGUCAUAGAAUGACGUGAAGGUGAGUAAAUUGUCAUUUUUGGGGUGAACGAUCACUUUAACUAGGUGUGUGAGAGAACAUGCAUCAUUUUUACCAUCUACUUUCUCAUCGGCGCAUCUGAGAAGCAGAGUGAAACUAUGAUUGUGUAGGUGCUAUUGUGUUUAUUGAUCAACCACUGAUGUUUUUGAUAGAUUCCAUGCAGUGUUUCUCAACCUGGGGUCCAACAAACUCUGUGCUCCGCAUAAGGAUGGCCAGAUCUUCUAAGUAGAUAUCCAAGAAUAUCCUUGGACCGGCAAUGUUUUGCUAUCAAAACAGUCUGAUGGAGAAAGGAAACCUGUUUUAUUCUUUGGACUGCAAAAGCCGUGAAGAAAAACAAGUCAGUUUAAUUAAAUUUUUGUCGACGCUUCAAGGUUUGUAAGGAUCUAGUAAUUUGUGCAUAUUCCAGGACGGAGAGCUAAAUGAAGAGCUGUGUGCAUGUGCUCUCUUUAUGUCUCGUCAGUAAUGCAUACAUGACAACUACAUAUUAAUCACUCAUCACACAUCUGGUGUUUCACGUUUUUUUGCUGUUUGUGCUGCUGUUUUUGUGAUUUUUAUUUCGUUUAGGAACACAAAACUGUCAUGCUGAUAUGCUUAACAUCUGUGUUUAUUGAUUAAUGCCUAUAGUAUGAAGCAUACAGACUUUAUGAACAAGAAAAGGUUGCAUUUAUAAAGCGACUCUCUCAUCAAGGUGACUUUAAUUUAAUUUACUUAUUUUUUAUUGUUUAGUCUACCUGGCUACACAUGGGAAGGUUUUUUUUUUUUUUCACCCAAUGCCUCGUAUCUCAUUCCCAGUAGCAAAUGCCCAUAUAAUAUAUGCAGUAUAAAAAUCAAACUGGGAAUCUAGGCGCAAGAUUUUUCUUGGUCCAUGACAAAAAAAAAAUAUUGUUUGGUUUGUUCUUGAAAAUGUUUUUAUUUCGAAUACCUCAUUUUAGUGAUUACAAAUAGACUUAUGGAAUAAUAAUUAUUAAUAUUAUUAUUGUUGUUGUUGUUUUAUUGCACCUUUGUAGAGUCCAGGGUCAUUUCACAAAGCAUUAUGUUAAUAAUGUUUUAUCUUAGCUAUUUUAUUUGUUUUAUAUUAAGUUUGUAUCUGUAAAGAAGAUAUUUAAACCAGAGAAUAUUUGAUUAAACCAAUAAAUCAGAUUAUUUAAAUGGUUUUCAGGAUGAACCUAUGGUCAGAGGGUUUUGAUGGUCUGUAUUGACUUCAUACAGUACAUGUUGAUGUUGUCUAUUUAAUGUGUAAAACUCAUCUUGUAUGAAUAAAACCCUAUACAUUGUCCAGUGUAAAAUAAAAUAAAAGAACAACUA